UGAGUUGUCCUAUUGGGAUUUUGCAUUCAUAGCUAUUUCCCAGGGCAGUAGUGUUUUUAUUCCAUCUAUUGUUUCUUGGACGCUCAUUAGUAAUCUUAGAGAAAAUUAGCUGUGGGUUUUAGGUUUUGAUAAAACGACGUAGCAUCCCACGCUUUUCUUUCACAGGGAAAGCAUUACAAGUUCCGACGAGCGCGACCUUCCCCUAAGAGCAAAACCACAGCGCCGUAGCUAUCGAUCUGUCACGAAGUCCAGUGAUAAUUUUCAACCGCAGGAGCAUUUUCCAGCAAAUGCGAUGUCCAAGCAGAUAGAUGUAACGGUACCUGACUCAGAAACAUUGAGCUCAGAGAAAUCAAAGCGUUUUACGGUAUACAAAGUACUAAUAAAACAACCAGAUGGAAGGAGUUAUUUCAUAUUUAGAAGAUACAAUGAAUUUCAUCAAAUGUGUGAUAAGCUCAAAAAGCUAUAUCCAGACUUGCACAUCAAGCUGCCUGGUAAAAGAUUGCUUGGAAAUAACUUUGAUCCUGAGUUUAUCAAGAUACGACGGGAAGGUCUAAAUGAUGUUACGCAAAAGAUUAUGAGUCAUCCAAAAGCUAUUGACCACCCAGAUGUGAGGGAGUUCUUUUCACUGGACAAUCCAAAAAAUGCUGAAACUAAUGAUGAUGAUGAUCAGCCUGGAGCUGACGAGUCUGACAGUCAGGGUAGAGAUAUGGAUGGCAUUGACUUAGGAGGUACAAACAAUCCCAAGGCAAAACCCAGUGAUUUCCUCUUCUUAAAAGUCAUUGGAAAAGGAAGUUUUGGCAAGGUCUUUCUUUCCAAGAACAAAGCCGAGGAUAAAUUUUAUGCUAUUAAGGUUCUGAACAAGGCAGCUAUAAGGAAAAGGAAUGAGGCAAAGCAUAUCAUGGCAGAACGGAAUGUCUUGUUGCAGAAUAUUAAGCAUCCAUUUUUAGUGGGCCUUCACUAUUCAUUCCAAACUAGGGAUAAGCUCUACUUUGUUCUGGAUUAUGUGAAUGGAGGCGAGCUUUUCUUCCAUUUGCAAAGAGAGAGAUAUUUUCCCGAAUCAAGGGCCAGAUUCUAUGCUGCAGAAAUUGCUUCUGCAAUUGGUUAUCUCCAUGCACUUUCAAUCAUUUAUAGGGAUUUGAAGCCAGAGAAUAUCCUUUUAGAUUUUAGGGGCCAUAUAGUUUUAACAGACUUCGGACUUUGCAAGGAAGGAAUAGAACCUGAUGGAACAACAUCAACAUUCUGUGGAACUCCUGAGUACUUAGCACCAGAGGUCCUUAGAAAACAAGAAUACGACAAAACUGUAGACUGGUGGUGUCUUGGUGCAGUCUUAUAUGAAAUGAUGUAUGGUCUGCCCCCUUUUUACAGUCGCAACACAGCUGAAAUGUAUGACAACAUUUUGAAUAAACCUCUACGUCUGAGAACGAAUAUUUCCCACAGUGCAAGGCAUAUCUUGGAAGGGCUUCUUCAGAAGGACCGCACCAAGAGAUUUGGACAGGGGGAAAAUGAUUUUGAGGAAAUCAAGGGUCAUCCAUUCUUCUCGACAAUUGACUGGCAGCUUUUGUAUGACAAGAAGAUUGACCCACCAUACAACCCUAAUGUGAGUGGCCAGUUGGAUCUAAAACAUUUUGAUCCCGAGUUUGUCCGUGAACCUGUUCCAGGAUCUGUUGGUAAAUCUGCUGACUCAGCUUUCUUGAGUGCCAGUGUCGAUGAUCCAGAUGAUGCAUUUGUAGGCUUCACAUAUGUUCCUCCAACAGAUCUUACUGAGUGAUAGCAACUAACCGCAGUACCAGUACAGAGACAGUGAGAAGAAACAGAAUUGUGAAUCCAUUCUAAAUCUAUCUUAAUGUCAAAUCACUUGUAACAAAUUGUAAUUAAUCACAUAUUUUCUGUUUGUCAAGAUUUCAUAACAGAAGGGGGUUUUGGAGUUAAAAGAAAUCAAUACAGCCCACUUUGGCUUCACUGACUGUGGUUAAUGGGUAUGAUAGACGCAGAGGAGACCGGGAAAACAGGGAGACUGAGAACGAACAACACAGUCCCCUUGCCUAGUCCCCUGACUCCCUGCUCCCAAGUCCCCUCUCCCUAGUCCUUAUUCAUUUUGUUGUUUCCUUGUUGUCCUUGGUUGUCUUGUUUUAUCCAUUUUCCGCAAUCUGUGAACUUGGUGAAACAAUCUACACACAUCCAUUACAAGCAUUUACCAUUCUCUGAGAAAAAAAGGGAAAUUUUCUGUACUUAAUUAAUUCGUAAAAGAUUUUGUUCCGCUGUAAGCUGUAAUUUACCCUGGCUCGAAUGAUAAUGAGACAAUGUUGCCUUCCUUCCUCCAGUCAUUGGAAACAAAUUAAAAAUAAUGUCCACUUUGAAAAUAAAUAUUGUGCAUAAAUUAUAUGUUUGGUUAAUUUAUGGGGAUUAAUUAAUUCUUGAACAUUUGAACCCUGAAUAUGUAAUGAGGUACAAAAUUAUCAAUGGGUAAUUUAAUAUUGUUGUUUAUGUUUGUGAUCUAAAGUUUUACGUUUAUCUCAAUAUUCUGUUAAAGCUAAUGUCUUAAAUGGUGUAAUUUCUCAUUAUGUUGUAGUCUUGGUUGUCCUGUCGAAGAAACUUCCAAACAUAUCUUGUCACAGGAAUUAAAAGCGAUUUAUCAAAAUUCUCGCUAAUAUCAUUUGUUUCAAUCUAUCAUUCUUACUAAAAAUUCUGAAACCUGUCAUCCUUAACCAGUUUUCAGUUUCCUCGUCGUUAGAGGUAAGCCUCAUAUCUGUUCUAUUUUUAUCCUGUUUGCUCGAAUAUAUUUUUUGACCUCAAACUUGUUUUAUUCAUGUACCAGAUGUGUCUCAAGUGCGCCACAAGCCAUAAUGUCAGCAUGCAAAUUCUCAUUUCUAGUAUCCAUACAGUUUGAGUGAUAUUAGUGAGGAGAAUUUAUUAACAGGUGCCAGAAUAUUUUUGUGUGAUCGUUUUGAUCAUUCUUGUUAGCUGUACAGUUUUUUUGGUGAUAUUGUGGAGAGCUUAGCUAGACUGUGUAAUCGUUUGUCUCAUGCUGCAGUGACUUGGUAUGUUAAGCACAACCCGAUUUUCAUCUUAAGUGCGAUUCGUAUUCCAAGUGACGACAUCGUGAGACAAAAGAUACUUGGUUAUCACUGUACCUUAAGCGCAAUCAACAACAAAAAUCUUUUUCACGAGAACUUAGUUGAUCAUUGCUGGGGGUGAAAGUGUGAAAGUGUUACUGUAGUGAAAACAAUGUCCAUUACUCUGUAUACCAUAAUAUGUGAUACAAAAAUUGUGAAAUAUGAAAUACUUCAAUACUGACAAAGAAUAAAAUAAACCUGGAAUGGUUAA